CACACUCGCACACGUACACACAAGCAGGGAGAUAGGAGAACAGCCAGUAACACAGAUCAAACGUUUUCGCCAGAAGUUUAGCUUUAACUGAUAAAGCCCAUGAUAUCGCUAAAUUAUGUUUCCCCCCUGUUACUUGCAGAACGAGCACUAUCCACUCACACACACAUAAUUCUUUUCUACUUUUCCUUCUCUUCCACAGCCCGACAACCAGGGAUGAGUGAAAGCGUCGUCAAAGACGUGUUUGUGGUCAUGGAGGGCUCAAUCAUGAACUACAACCUCCACCUUUCGCCCUCUGUCACCGACGGUACCAGCAGCAGCACCACCACUGCUGUACCUUCUAACAACACCCUCUCAGCUCGCACCAUCUUUCUGGCAGACUUCACCGCCGCGGCCUUCACCGGGGGUCUCCCGGCCCACCAAGACGCCUCCCCCCUUGCGACAACUCAGGCUGCUAAUUCCACCCAACAGAUACCGGUUUUUACAAGGUCCUCAGUGGAGACGAUCUUCCUUGCAACAGUCCUCGGUGUAAUUGUCAUCCUAACGAUUAUCGGCAACGUUCUGGUAAUUGCUUCAGUUGCGAUGCACGCAAACCUCAGAACUACGACAAAUUAUUUCAUUGCCAACCUCGCUGUGGCCGAUUUAUUACUGGGCACCACAGUUCUCCCGUUCUCGGCCACCCUGGAAGUGUUACAGUAUUGGGUGUUUGGACAAAUCUUCUGCGAUGUAUGGGCUGCCAUUGACGUUCUGUGCUGCACUGCAUCAAUCUUGAGUCUAUGCGUGAUCAGUAUUGACAGAUAUAUCGGAGUCACAAGGCCUCUGAAGCACGCUCGAAUAUUGCGGCGCACUCGUGCUAUUUACGUCAUCAUCUUUAUCUGGCUUUUGUCCAUGGCCAUCUCCGUGGCACCUCUCACUGGCUGGAAGGAAGAAGCCGACCCAGAUCCGCGGGUGUGCACAGUCACGACUCAGCCAGGGUACGUCCUCUUCUCCGUCGCCGGAUCUUUCUACAUCCCCUGCCUCAUCAUCCUUGUCGUGUACUUCAAAAUCUACCGGGAAACCGUCAAAUACACUCGCUGCAUCAUGUCGGGUGCGAAAACGGCUAAAAUUGACGAGGAGAACGUUGUAUCGUUACGUAUUCACACAGGGCGUAACGUGAGCACGCUGACAGCGCUCAAGGAAACCUUCCCGUCCCACGAGGAAGACUUCAGUUCUGGGUGCCACGCGGGUCCUGCAGGUGGAAACAACGCCCUGCACUCACAACAGCACUUACAGAAGAAAGACAGUUCGAAGAAAAGAAAUAGCCGCCUCACAUUCUCCAACAGAGUUGCCAAAUUCAAAAGAGAGAAAAAAGCUGCCAAAACACUCGGGAUAGUUGUUGGAGUCUUCAUUACGUGCUGGUUUCCAUUUUUCUUCAUCUUGCCGUUGGGUAAGUACUUGUCGUACAUCUCUGUGUAUACAUUUCCUAGCAGACUCAGAGGGCAACUAAGAUUUGGAACCCCAAAAUUAUUUUUUGCAAUGCUGAAUGGCUUGGUUUACUAAUGUCUUCUCUUGUAUGCUUUUAUACUGUGUUUAUUGAUGUCACUAUCUUUUGGUACAAUCCUAGAGGAAGACUAUUGGUGCCUGUGGCGUAGCAAUUAGGCGAUUCGCUGUCGCACGCAAGAGACCUGAGUUCGACUUCCUAGUCGAGAAAAUUUUAUGGAGUAUCCUGGUCUAUUUGCUAAGAUGUUGUAUUCCUCUCGGCCCGGAUUGGUCCUGGCUGUCAGGGUCGGAAGUCCAUCUUCUCGAGAUCUAAAUUUUGUUGAUAAAGGCGUGAAGACAAUUACCUUUUUAAUAGGGGAAAACUAUGGCAGGCAUGUUGCUUUCACCAUGACAAUAUGCUAUUCUAGCUCCUACGCAAAAAAAACCCACAGUCAGACUGUUCACUCCCUAUUUUUGGGGUGAUCUGAGAGCAUUUAAUGUAUGUUUUCCUCGUCCUAUGUCCGUAGGGUCAGGUCAGAGAAAAUCCCUACCUCUGGUAACAUGUAAUCCAGAGCAACCUGUUGUAUGGACUGGUGUUCUAGCAUGACUUCAGAGGGCGCGUACCUCGUUGAUAUUAAUAGCCAGGGCGGAUGAGGCUCACUGAGAAUUUCAGCGAACCACGUUAGUAGCUCUCUCAGUUCUCCACGGUAGCGGUAUAUUAUAUGAUGCAUGUCAUGUGUUACAGACGAAGAUCUCAGCAUUCUUCCCGGCCACAGCUUCGAAGUUGAUGGUGGA